AUGGCUCGCAAGUUCUUCGUCGGCGGCAACUUCAAGAUGAACGGGUCCAUCUCGUCCAUCAAGGAGAUUGUCCAGAAUCUGAACAAUGCCAACCUUGACCCCAACACUGAGGUCGUCGUUUCCCCCCCUGCCAUCUAUCUCCAGCUCGUCCGCGACUCUCUCCGUAAGGACGUCGAGGUUGCCGCCCAGAACGUCUUCGACAAGCCCAACGGUGCUUUCACCGGCGAGAUCAGUGUCUCUCAGCUGAAGGACCUCAACAUCAACUGGGCCAUCCUCGGCCACUCGGAGCGCCGCACCAUCCUGCGCGAGUCCGACGAGGUCGUUGCCUCCAAGACCAAGUACGCCACCGAGAACGGUGUUGGCGCCAUCUGGUGCUGCGGCGAGAGCCUCGAGGAGCGUGAGGCCGGCACCACCGUUGACGUUGUCAGCAAGCAGCUGGCCGCCCUCAAGGCCGCCAUCUCCGACUGGUCCAAGAUCGUCAUUGCCUACGAGCCCAUCUGGGCUAUUGGCACCGGCAAGGUCGCCACCAACGACCAGGCCCAGGAGGUCCACGCCGCAAUCCGUGCCUGGCUCAAGAAGGAGGUCAGCGAUAAGGUUGCUGAGGAGACCCGCAUCCUGUACGGCGGCAGUGUCAACGAGAAGAACUGCAAGGACCUUGCCAAGGAGAAGGACAUUGACGGCUUCUUGGUUGGCGGUGCCUCCCUGAAGCCUGGCUUCGUCGACAUCGUCAACGCCAAGCAGUAA